AUGCCGAGAAAGAGUACUAGGCCGGACGCAAUGAAACUCCUGAAACCUGCGCAAGGAAAAUCUUACGCAGACGUAGUCGGAGUCAUCCACCAGCGCAUCAAGACCAGCGCCUCAGGGGUAGACAUUAGAUCGUUCCGGCAGACUAGAACCGGAGGGCUUCUCCUCGAACUAAACAAGACCACUGUAGAUAUAAGGGCCUCAUUCGCGGAAACCCUGAGAAAAGAGGUAGGAGAAACGAGCAGCAUCACGGAACUGGUCUCUAGAGCUACUCUGGAGAUACAGGACUGUGACUGCUGCACCUCGUCGAUAGAAGUCGAGGAGGCCCUAAAGAGGACCCUGCCAGGCUACGCGGGGAAAAUCGAAAUUAAGAUUACGAAUCCCAACGCAAGACAACAACGCCUGGCCCUCAUCAAAAUAGAAGAGGAAGCAGUUGCGCAGCUUUUAAAGGCCGGCCGAGUGCUGAUCGGUUUCAUCAGCUGCAGCGUCAUGCGAAAGGCAGAAGUGAGGCGAUGCUAUUGCUGUCUCGACUAUGGUCACUAUAGUGCCUCGUACAAGGGACCUGGUCGCAGUAAAGUUUGCUAUUAUUGUGGCAGCACGGGGCACAAGAUCAAAGAUUGCAAGAUCAGCGAGCCUACUUGCUUCUUGUCCUCAAAGAGCGGUGUUGAAACUAGGAAGUACCUGGCGGGAUCAAGGGUUUGCAAAGUUUUCCAGGAGGCCCUUGAAACAGCAAAAAAGUAG